CACUCAGUCAUAAUUCCAAUAAUAUUAUUUUUGCCAAUGAUUCUUUUUGCACGAAAAGAGCAUUACAAAUUUUCAAAAUUGUCAACAGAAGCGGUCACGAGUCAACUCGAUGUAUCGAACAAGCAGCGCGCCGCACGUCAGUCCAGCCGUUCCGGCGUUCCGAUCGCUUGUGGCGAAUCCGCGCGUUCCGCAUACGCACAAAGGAACGGCGGAAUCCCCAUCCGGGAUCGCCAACGCCGAGUGCUUCGUGAUGGUGGCAGUGGAGCGCAGUGCUGUCGUUGAUAGUCGCGUAGCAGGAACAUGGAAAGAUGGCGACAUAUCUGAAACGCUCGUCGAAACUGUUCGAUUUGUCGUUGUCGCGGCCCAGCGCGGACGUGCGUCUGCGGGAUCUCAUGUGCCCGGUGUGCCGCGGCAUCCUGAUCGAGCCAGUGACGCUGCCGUGCACACAUAACCUCUGCCUGCGCUGCCUGAAGGGCACGUUCGAGCACAACAGCCUGAGCUGUCCUCUCUGCAGGCUCAGGGUAGGCUCGUGGCUGCGCACCGCUACCAAGUCGGAGACCCUGGUGAACCACGGCCUCUGGGAGUUCAUCCGGACGAAAUUUCCAAAGGAGGUCGAGGACAAGCAUAACGGCGAAGAGCGGGACCUCGGCUUGGACGCUGAUUUCGCAACAGACAGGAUACUCAGCGCGGCCGGAGAGAUACAUCGUGAAUAUGAAGCGCAACUUCAAAUAGCCGAAGAAGAAAUGCGACGUCAGAGGCAGGCUGAGCAGAUAGCCAGCGAGGCCUUGAUACAAAAGAUUCAAGCGGAGGAGCAGCAUCUGUUGCUGGCGCAAUUGGCGCAGGAUCAGUUGCUGGCCAAGACCUUGGCGAAAAAGCAAGUCGCGGAGAAGCAAAAGGAGGCGGCUAAGUGCUACAGCGAGUGCUUGAAUACGUCGUCGAACUACGCGUACGACACGUCCAAGUUCAACGUGAAGACCACACGUGUAAAUAAUGUCGAAGCGCAACAAGCCGAAAGUACACACUUAGAUAACAAGAGGACGAGUCUUCCUGAAUCCAUCAGAGAUAACCCGGAUCUACGACGGACGAAUAUGGCGUUGUUAACGAAGAUCUGCACUGAGAGAUACUGCAAAGUGAAGACGAACGCACCUAACGCAUACAAGAACUGUUGUCCGAAGCAAUUGGCCGUCUACAACGUUGUGACGAAGUCGUUCAAGCACCAAGCGGUACCCAGGUACAUUCAACCAUGUACCUCGAAUUAUCCCACGGAUCCUGGAUGCUCCACGUCGCAGGCUUAUGCCACCGAAACCAAGGAGGAGCUGCGUGUGCCGAGCGACGUAGUGAAUAGCAAGAAGAAGAGCCUAGGAGUGGAAGUGUGCAGAACACACGGAUCACUCGGGCCACAUCGGACCGACGACGAUGAGAGGAUAGGAAGCGCGGAGAGCUCGGGCAGUCACGAUAGCAUUAAUCAGGAGAUCCAUCACUUCAAGCCGAUCAAGACAGUGCCGAGGACAUCGUUCAAAAUUUCUUCAGAUGGAAAACAGAUUGAUCCGAAGCUGAUCAGAGUGGUUCCUAUUAUGAAAAGGGUGAUCAACGCGGUACUGAAACCUCCGUCACCGACGCAUCUAAAACGAAUCAUUGGAUGUUCCUGGAGCGCUUUCAGAGGUAAAGCAAGGCAGGAUGCGAGGGAAAAGCAAGCUGCGCGCAAUGUAGAUACGGAUACGGCGGCCCCGAUCGAUCAGAAACCGUCGACGUCACUCAACCAGACGGUUUUGAGUAAGUCAAUGAAACCGCAGACGAGCGACGCCCGACUCGAUUUUAUCCUCGAAUCGUCGUUCGACAGCAACAAAAAUUACACGAAGAGCGUAAACAAGAUCGUCAAUGGCACUAAGGUGAGCAAAAAAUUGUCGUUAGACGACGAGUUGGACGCGAAGACGAUUCGUAAGUCUUGGCGGACACGCGUGAGAAACGGCAUGGUGGCCAAGUCCAAACGACACAGAAACGUCAGGUACUGUAAAAAGGGUGCCGAACUUAUCUUGGACGCAAAAGAGGAGGAACAGGAGGAGGGGGAGGAAAUGGAAGAAGAGGAGGUGGAGGAGGAAGAGGACAAGCAGAAGCAGGACGAUGAUCCAAGGGGUUCCAGUUCGUCGUGUGGCAAAACGAGUCCGCAAAACGACGAGCGGGACGGCGACGAUGACGUAGCGCUCGAAAAUAUAGCGGAACGAAUUAAGAGGAGGAAAGUGAACGCGGAAAAAAAGACGCUGAAGCCGACAGAAGCGGAGUCCGACACGUCGUCUAAAAGGAGCACGAGGAAGAGAGUGUUAUCUGAGAGGAGAGACAAGAGCUCCGCGGUCGAGAAUCAAGCCGUCGUAGUUUCGUCGUCCCGGGAGAACGAGAAACUCGUCGACAGCACAUCGAAGCGACGGAGAAUGCACGCGGCUACCCGAAGCACCGCGGAGAAGAGUGAGUCGUCGACAAACGCGACAAACGGCAAAGUGGUCGCCGCGCCUGCGUCCAAGAGAUCAGCGCGAACUGCGAGUUCGACCAAGAUUUCCAGAGGAGUGGUUGGCAGCGAGUCGAACGGUACGCGAUACAACAAUGGCAAGUUCAAUUAUGACUCGCCGCCAGAGUCCUGCGACGAGACGGAGGAAUGCAAUGUCUUGGAGGAGAGCAAUGUCGCCGACGUAGAUGAGAAGCACGAGCGCCUUUCGGACGAAGAGGUAAUCAAAGAGCAGCAACGGAUCGAGCAGGUACUCCUGCAGGAGCGAGAGGAUUACGAACUGGCGCGCCGCUUGCAGGAUAAAUUCGACGAGAUGGAGCAAGUGGCGAGGCGCACCAGACGUUCGAGGAGAGUCGUCGAGGAUACGAAUUUCGAUGCGGUGGAGUUGCGCGAGAUCGCCGCGGCGAGGGCAGCUCGUAAAGCGAGAAGCGCGCCUGCCAAACCGUCGCUCGUCGUACGAACCGCGAAGACCGUGCCUAAGAAGAAGCGCGGCAGGCCGCCGAAGCGUGUGAAAUAAGACGAGAUGCGCGCACGAUAAUCACUCAAGAACACGUGUUAGAACCCUCCAUUUGGAUGUUCCUAUAAGUCGAAUAUGAAAGACGAGGAAAAAGAAGCAGAAAAAGAAGAUUUAGAAGUAGUAGUAGCAGCGCUAGAAGUGGAAUAAGCAGAAGAAGAAAAAAGAACAGAAGAAAAAGAUGACGAGGAAGAUUUGAUUAUUGCAACUUUGUACAAUGUCCUGCAUGUUUCCAAGAGCAACAACGGAUCGAGCAAUCGGUUGCGUGGUGUCGAAUGCGUACCUGGUGUGUACAUCGCGAGAGUACACGUGAAACGGUCUCGCGGCAAUCUUUCAAAUUGUUAUAAACGUCGUUCCCGGUGUCCAUUUGACAUAACGUUGACGCGCAUCUUUCUACGCGCCGUCUUUGUUCCUAAUGCGCGUCGUUCGUCCGCGUUUUAAAGAUAGCGACGGAGGGCAGACGCUUUACGGUCGUAUACACAACGACAGAUUCUUUGGCAGCGGUUGAUCUUGAUUUCACGAAAAUUCAAGGUAGACCAGUUCGAGAUACAUCUAGGCGGAUCAUUAAGUGUAUAACGAGAUUCUAUUGCUCAUUCAAAACCGAAGAGGCUUUAUUUUUACAGAGAAUUUUUUUAUUUGAGAUAUAAAUAUAUAUGUAUAUAUAUGAAUAUAUGUGUGUGUGCAAAAAUAUUUUUUAACGAAUAUCGAAAAGCUGCGGCGUGAGUAAACGAUUCGUAUUGCCCCUCGCUUCGAGAGGUUACGCGCGAGAUCCGUCAAAGAAUCUGUUGAAAUGAAGAUCGGUGCUUCUAAGACACCCCGUGUCCAUUUUUAUUAAUUGAUAGGCUAAUGAGAAUGAGAUUCUCCCCCCUCCAUCUUUUACAAUCAAAACAGCGCGACAAUAGAACGAGCAAGAUGUUGUUAAAUUCCAGACCAGGCGUGUUACAAGUGCGUACGUCCUUGAUUGCGACGAGCAAAGAGAUGUAUGUAACGAGAUUGAAACCGUAGUUUUAUAUACAGCGAUUACACUUAUUUUGUAAGUGAGCUUGUCGAUUUAAGUAGGCUUAGAUCACUAUUUGUUGCAACAAUCCCGUAAGAUUUAUAUAAUACGUAUUAUAUGCAAGUUGAUUAGUUUCUUUUUUCUGUGAAAGUUCGAUUCGUUGACAGCUGGCUCUUGACGUUUUCGCAAAUCGCCUUUUCAGCGGUGCCGAGUCGCAAAUAACGUCGAUCGAUCCUUCGAUCAAGGGCCGAGCGUUAUGCUUCGUUGUUAACGCGGUUUUCAUCGAGAACUAAUUAACAUUAAUUAGAUGUUAGAAGUCGGGGGAGUCAUGUGAGAUUCGACCGAUCUUCCGCUCCUUCCCAAACGCGAAAAUAGGAAGGAGCGGGGAAUUAUAUGAUGUUAUCCCCCAGUUAUCUUUAAUCGCAACGUUCGCGGGAACGACCGUACAUGUAAAGUUUGUUAUGUGACAUUUAUAUAGAUUACCGAGCGAGAAAGGCAUAUUAUAAGUGAAUUGCGCAUUAUAACUAGAGAGCAACAGAGAGAGAGAGCAAGAGAGAGAGAGAAAGAAACUAUAUGUUUAAUAAGAUCCGCUUGAUAUAUCGCGAUAAUUGUCUACUGUCAGCUUCGACGGCCUUGAUUAUCGUACCGCAAUCGAAUUACUUGUUAUAAAUUAAGCAUUCUAUUAAGAGAUUUUUGCACGGAAAUAUACAUUUAGUGCGAUGGCGUGUAUGCGGAUUUCGCCGUGGUGUUCCUUUCGCGCGGGAUUCGAUAGGAUUCGCAUUUGGCGAGGACUGUCGCGGAUUGCAGUUCCUUUGGCGCAGUUCCGUUUCUGCUAGUAGGUCUCGAAUCUUCGCUCAUGUGUGCCGCAUAUAUAUAUAUAUCAUCACAUAUUAUAUUAUAUAUAAUACAUGUGUAUUAUAUAUUAUAUAAUAUUAUAUAUCAUAUGUUAUAUCGUACGCAUAUAUAUAUAUAUAUAUAUAUAUAUAUAUAUAUAUAUAUAUAAUAUUUUUUAAGAGUCCACUGGUAUCGGAAUGAGUUCGCGCUCCUCCUGUUUGUGAUACUGUCAUAGUAUUCUGUGGGAAAAAACAAAAACUACUAGUUGAUUGAACACAAUGACGCAAUUGAACGCGUUUUGGUUGAAGCAGACCGAAUUUCUGGUUCUUAUGAAUUUCAAAUUCGGUUCUUGAGAACCAGAAAUUCUGUGCAAGACGCAUUUAAUUGCGUAAUGUUAAUUUAAUGAUGAAUAAAUAGAGCCUAUAAAGGCCAAGUAGCAAUGUAUUGCCAUAAAAUUUUUAUAGCGCUACAUUAAUCGUGCUUGGUUUUACAGACCCUACUUACUCUUCAUUUGACUUCAUCCAGACACGUUAAUUUAAACAAUCUUUUGUCUUCGGGUACAAAUCGACUAUUCGCGCGCUCUCGAUCGCGACGGAAGUUGAGUACGAUUCGUUUUUAUGUUGGUUCUACGAUAGAUGUCGUAAACCGUAAGACCAAUCACAAUCGAUUGUUAGAAGAAUAAUCGGCUAUGAUUGGCCAAUUCUUACGGCACACGGUUUACAACGUAUUUGCACCGGAUUUACGUACGCAGUGUACUCGCGCGCACUUUUCGUCUUCACUUCCGCGACUACGUGCGAGCCAUUUUGAAUCUGUCGACCGAACAUGAUCGAAGUUGCGCUCGUAGCGCGCAUUAGAACUCACCGCGGACGAGACCGGGUAAUUCCUUCGCGUCGUGCUUUAACGAGCGCAAUCGUUAACAUCCCGACAUGCCGCCGCAGCCAUCAGGUCCUUUUGUUUAAACGUCGCGAUAAAAGAGAGAAGGAGGGAGAAAGAUAGAGAGAGUGAGAGAGCCUUUUACUGAAUGUUAUUUAAAUGAUAAGAAGAUACUUUUAUAGAGAGACGAGCGAAAGUAUAACAGCGACAGUCGACAGAGUAGACGACGAGGAAACAUUCGGAUAUUACGAAUUCGAACGUUCGGGUAUUGUCGAAUUUUAUGAUUUUAAUGAACCUCAAACGUCCGUUUGUUUUCCUUUUUUUUUCUUUUGUGUUUCUUUUUUUUCUUCUCUACUUAUUCAGCGGCUCGGAAUAAAAGGGGAUCGUCUUUUAUUUCGAGCCACUCCACCACAAAUCCGCGAAUCGCGAAACUCGAAGAGGCUUCUGAAAGUUUCCUUGUUAGUGCGGAAUAAGCGGCAACCGCAGCGCGUAUGAAUGAUCGCGGUUAGAGGAUGUUUCCAUCGUUGCUCUUCCCUCCAUGUUCCUUUCUUCCCUUUUUUUUCGUUCGCGAUCUUGCUUAAUCACAACGCCCGCGAUUCGUCGUUGUGAUUGUUGUCAUUCGGACAGCACAAUCUACUAAAAGAAUGUCUUGAAAAUGUCUCCAAUAGACAUUCUAUUUCUCUUUUAGACGUCCUUUGGACGUCUUCAAGACAUCUUUUGAUAAUUUGUGCUGUCCGGGCAGAGAGGAGUCGCGGGAGGCUUGAUUUCUGCUUCGUCGGCGAGAGUAGUCUUUCAGUUAUCCUUUUCCUUUUUCUCCUUGUGUAAAUUUUUUAAGUGCGAAUAUAUACGUAUGUGCAUGAGUUAAGUAACGUGUAUGAUAACUAAUCGCGUUCAAACGAAACAACGUCGAUAGGAGAACCGUUCACGGAAUCACGAGAGAGGUGGUAUUACGAAUAGCAAAUAAUCUAACAAGAGUAUACUGUAAAGAAAAGCGCAUGAAAAAAAUUUACGGAAAAAAUGCUAUAAAUAAUAUAGAAGAUGUAUAGAGAAGAUAUUUAGUUAUAGAGCGAUUAUAUAUAUAUAUAUAUAUAUAUAUAUAUAUAUAUAUAUAUGUAUGUAUGUAUGUAUAAUCUAUGAACAUGUAUAUACAAGCGCAAUGCAUGUACAUAGAGUGUGCACGCAUUGUGCUUAUAUAUAUAUUUACAGAAUAGCGUCGAUUAUAUUAUAUAUCGAUAUCUAGAACAUCGAGAGAUUAAAACAAGCGUAGUGUUAGCCCCAACGAAGGAACCGAGUUUUGAACGAACGAAGUGACACUCAUUUCGGAUUUUUAGCAAGAGUCAUUUUUAUAUAUGCCACACACUACACGAUACAUACAUACACGUACACAUUCAUACGUACACAGUUUUACGAUAGAAGAUGUAGCAAGAGCAACGGUAGCCCGGGGUGAAGACCGCUGGCGCUCUCCGUUUUUCUUGAUACGUUUUGUAUAUGAAAAAAAAAACGAAUAAAUGACUGUAAUUAUUCA